AUGCCUCCCAAGAAGCCAGACCUCUCGGGCUACCAGUACUCGGCGCUCUCGUCCCUCGUCAUCAAUGCCGACCGCUCACAUCGUCGGCCCGACGAGCCAUCAGGCGAAGCAGAGUCGCUCGCCGGUCGCAUCAAUGUUCGCGACAUGGGCACAGCAGUCAAGUCGGAGGGCGUAAAGAAUAUCGACAAGAAGCGCAAAAAGGCGCAGACCGACGACCAGCUCACUCAGCCGCAAGCAAAGCGUCAAGCUGCUUCGACGUCGUUCGCCAAUCAAAACACUUACAGCGACAUUCUCCAGGCCACUGCAGAACUCGAGGGUCUUCGCUACCACCCUAAGACUGCAGAGACAAGGGACGUCUACGAGCUCAUCCUCGGUAUCGUUCACACAGCACUCGGCGAUCAAGCUCAAGACGUCGUGCGUUCGGCUGCAGACACCACCCUCGAGAUUCUCAAGGACGACGAUCUCAGAGACCUGGAGAAGAAGAAGGAAAUCGAAGAUAUCCUUGGUCCACUCACCACGGAAACCUUCGGCCAACUUACCAAUCUCAGCAAAAAGGUCACAGACUACGAUGAGAUAGAUCGUGUCGACGCCAAGGCGGGCGAGAUCGAUGAGCAGACCGGCGUGGCCGUCAUGUUCGAUGACGAAGAGGAGGAAAGCGAUCAGGACAACGUCAAUUACGUCGUGCGAGAUGGAAGCGACGACUCGGAUGCUUCCGACGAUGACGACGCCAGUGCACGCCAAACAGACGUCAAGAGGGAAGGUUCAGAUGGAGGCACGGACGUCGACGUUGACGCCGAUGAUCAAGACGCACUCAUGAUCGGCUCCAGCGCCUCGGCUGCAAAUGGCGCCUCGACACAACGGGAUCCAAAUCAUGUCAGUCCACGCGACAUUGACGCAUUCUGGAUCCAGCGUCACAUCUCGCAGCAUUACCCCGACGCACACGAGGCUAGCGAAAAGGCCGACAGCGCCUUUGACAUUCUCUCUGCCGAGUCCGACGUCCGCGAUUGCGAGAACAGCCUCAUGGAGCUCUUCGACUACGACAAGUUCGAGCUCGUCCAGCUCUUCACAAAGAAUAGGGAUGUCAUCGUCUGGUGCACUCGUCUAGCCCGUGCAGACGACGAUGAGAAGGUCAACGUGCAGGUCGCCAUGCGCGAAAAGGGCGUCGGCUGGAUCCUCAAGGCAUCCCAAGGCGACACUGCCAAGACAAAUGGCGUUUCAGCCGACGCCAAGGCAGCCAAUGGCACCACAUCCAUCGAUCUUGAAGAUGCUCAGCGCAAAGCAAAGCGCCUCACUUCACGUGCCACCAUCGCCCCCGGAUCUACAGCUCAGCCAAGACGCGGCGUCGACCUCGAGGCCAUGGCGUUCACUCAGGGCGGUCAUCUCAACACAAACGCAAAAGUACGCUUGCCAGAAGGCAGCUUCAAGCGUACCAAGAAGGGUUACGAAGAGAUUCACAUCCCUGCUCCCAUCAAAAGGACCGUGGCCGAGGGUGAGCUCGUACCCAUCGCCAGUCUGCCACAUUGGGCCCAAGGCGCGUUCCCUGGCGCUACGUCGCUCAACCCUGUCCAGUCACGCUGCUACCCCGUCGCAUUUGGCUCCGACGAACCCAUGCUCUUGUGUGCGCCAACCGGCGCUGGUAAGACCAACGUUGCCAUGCUUGCCAUCCUUAACGAGAUCGGAAAGUGGCGUAAUGAAGCAUCUGGCGAGAUCGACCUCAACGCUUUCAAGAUUGUCUACGUUGCCCCCAUGAAGGCGCUCGUCUCGGAGCAGGCAGCCAACUUCCGCGAUCGUCUGCAACCCUAUGGUAUCAUCGUCAACGAGCUCACAGGUGACAGUCAGUUGACCAAAGCGCAGAUUGCAGAGACGCAGAUCAUCGUCACCACGCCGGAGAAAUGGGACGUCAUCAGCCGCAAGAGCACCGACACGUCCUACACCAACCUCGUCCGCCUCCUCAUCGUCGACGAAAUUCAUUUGCUGCACGACGACCGUGGCCCCGUGCUCGAAGCCAUUAUUUCGCGAACCAUCCGCCGCAUGGAGCAGAUGAGCGACCCCAUUCGUCUCGUCGGCCUGUCGGCUACGUUGCCCAACUACCAAGACGUCGCCACCUUUCUGCGUGUCAACCCGAAGACCGGCCUAUUUUACUUUGAAAGCAACUAUCGACCGUGCCCUCUCAAGCAAGAGUACGUCGGCAUCACCGAAAAGAAGGCCAUCAAACGCCUGCUGGUCAUGAACGAAGUCACCUACGAAAAGACCCUCGAUCAAGCCGGCAAGAACCAGGUGCUCAUCUUUGUCCACUCGCGCAAAGAGACGGCCAAGACGGCCAAAUUCAUUCGUGACCGAGCUAUGGAGCAGGAUACCCUCAACCGCUUCCUUCCACCUUCGCCUGCCAGCCAGGAAGUGCUGCGAUCCGAGCUCGACAACGUGACCGACAACGAUCUCAAGGACGUUAUUCCGUACGGUUUCGGUAUUCACCACGCCGGAAUGUCGCGUCUAGACCGUGAGCUCGUCGAAGCUCUUUUUGCUGAUGGCCACCUCCAGGUGCUCGUCUCCACCGCCACGCUCGCUUGGGGUGUCAACCUCCCGGCGCACACCGUCAUCAUCAAGGGCACGCAGAUCUACAAUCCAGAAAAGGGCCGCUGGUGCGAGAUCACACCGCAAGACAUGCUCCAGAUGCUCGGUCGUGCCGGUCGACCGCAGUUCGACACCUUCGGCGAGGGCAUCAUCAUCACCAACCACUCCGAGCUCCAGUACUAUCUCAGCUUACUCAAUCAGCAGCUUCCCAUCGAAUCGCAGCUUGUUUCCAAGCUUGCCGACAACCUCAACGCCGAGAUCGUGCUCGGUACCAUCCGCAACCGUGACGAAGCAGUGGCUUGGCUCGGCUACACGUACCUGUACGUUCGCAUGCUGCAUUCGCCGACACUUUACAGCGUCACGGCCGACUAUGCCGACGACGACCCCUUCCUCGAGCAGAAGCGUGCCGACAUUGUCCAUACCGCCGCUGCCCUGCUGGAAAAGUGCGGCUUGCUACGGUACGAGCGAAGCACCGGCAACUUUACAUCCAACGAGCUCGGCCGCAUCGCGUCGCACUACUACAUUACACACGACAGCAUGGCGACGUAUCACCAGCAGAUCAAGCCGCAGCUUGGUCCCAUCGACCUGUUCCGCAUAUUUGCGCUCUCCAACGAGUUUCGCCACCAGGUGGUGCGACAGGACGAGAAGCUCGAAGUGGCCAAGCUGCUCGAACGCGUGCCCGUGCCGGUCAAGGAAUCCGCCGAUGACCCGAUCGCCAAGGUCAACGUGCUCUUGCAAUCAUGGAUCUCGCAGCUCAAGCUCGACGGAUACGUGCUUGCUGCCGACAUGGUCUACGUCACGCAGUCAGCCGGGCGUAUUCUGCGCGCCAUCUUUGAGAUCUGCCUCAAGCGUGGCUAUGCUCGACUCAGCAGGAUGGCGCUCGACCUUUGCAAGAUGGUCGAGUCGCGCCAGUGGGGAUCCAUGACGCCGCUGCGUCAGUUCCGUGGCGUGCCCGCCGAUCUCAUCCGUCGUCUAGAGCGCAAAGAGUACCCGUGGAAUCGUCUGCGCGACCUCGAGCCGAAUGAAAUUGGAGAGCUGAUUGGAAUUUCAAAAGCGGGACGCCUCGUUCACCGACUCGUCCACCAGUUCCCGCGUCUGGAGCUUCAGGCCUUUUUCCAACCCCUCACCCGCUCGCUCCUUCACGUACAGCUCACCAUCACACCCGAUUUCCAGUGGGACGAGAAAGUGCACGGCGGUGCCCAGUCUUUCUGGAUCAUGGUCGAGGACGUGGAUGCCGAGAUCUUGCAUUACCACGACCAAUUCUUGCUGAUGCGCAAGUAUGCGGAGCAAGAGCACACGGUCACCUUCACUAUCCCCAUGACCGAACCCAUCCCGCCCAACUAUUUCAUCAGCGUCGUCAGCGAUCGAUGGCUCCACAGCGAAGUGCGGCUGCCCAUCUCGUUCAAAAACCUCAUCCUCCCCGAAAAGUUCCCUCCCCACACGCCGUUGCUCGACUUGCAGCCGCAGCCACUCUCGGCACUCAACGAUGCUGCUGCUGAGCAGCUCUACUCUGAAUCGUUCUCGCACUUCAACAAGGUGCAGACCCAAACGUUCCACGCGCUUUACGGCAGCGACAACACGGUCUUCAUAGGUGCACCCACCGGCAGCGGCAAGACGGUGUGCGCCGAGCUUGCACUUCUGCGUCUCUGGAACGAUGAAGAUGCGGGCCGUGCUGUAUGCAUCGUGCCGUACGAAUCCAUGGUCGCUCCACGUGUGGCGGAAUGGAAGACGAAGUUCGGCUCGUAUGGGGAUGGCAAGGAGGUGGUCGGGCUUACUGGCGAGACGAGUGCGGAUCUGCGUUUGCUGGAGCUGGCCGAUGUCGUCGUAUGCAUACCGGAGCACUGGGAUGUGUUGUCGCGUCGUUGGCGUCAGCGCAAGAACGUGCAGAACGUGGGGCUCUACAUCUUUGACGAGAUCCACAUGAUCGGCGAUCACCGCGUUGGACCUACCUACGAGAUCGUCGCCUCCCGAGCUCGCUUUGUGGCCGCACAGAUGCAGAAUCCUACGCGUAUGAUUGCACUCAGUGUGCCGCUCGCCAACGCUCGCGAUCUCGGAGACUGGCUUGGCGCUCCCAGCGGCAGCGUGUUCAACUUCGCUCCCGGUGCCAGGCAGAUUCCAAUGGAGGUGCAUAUCCAGACUUUCAACAUCCCGCACUUCCCCAGCAUGAUGAUCGCGAUGGCGAAGCCCGCCUACUUGGCCAUCAUCGAGCAUGCGGAGGAUCAGCCGGUGAUCGCGUUUGUGCCGAGCAGAAAGCAAGCCAAGCUGACGGCGGACGAUCUGCUCGCCUACGUUUUGGCCGACAGCGACAGAGGCGAUGGCGAUAGCGACGAUGGCGAGUCACGCUUCCUCAACAUCGAGAUGGAAGAUCUGGAACCGCAUUUGCAGAGGGUUCAGGAUCGCGAUCUGCGAGAAUUGCUGGCCAACGGCAUCGCCUACUACCACGAAGGCCUCACGCGCAACGACCGUCGCAUCGUUGAACGGCUGUUUUCUGCAGAUGCGAUCCGCGUGGUCGUCGCGAGCAAAGAGACCGCCUGGAGCAUUCCGCUAAGCGCGCAUCUUGUGCUCGUCAUUUCGCUUCAGACCUACGAAGGUCGUGAACACCGCUACGUCGACUACGCUCUGCCCGAUGUACUACAGAUGGUCGGUCGAUGUACCGUGCCGAAUGAGUCCGGCACCUCGCGACUCGUGCUUCUCUGCCAAGCGACUCGCAAAGACUACUUCAAGAAGUUCCUCGCUGAAGGCCUGCCCAUCGAAUCACGACUCACCUCGUACGCGCAAGACUUCUUCAACGCCGAAAUCGUCUCUCGCACCAUCGACGACAAGCAAGCCGCCGUCGACAUCCUCACCUGGACUUUGCUCUAUCGAAGGCUGUCCCAAAACCCUCAGGCGUACAACUGUCAGGGGAAGACCAUGCAGCAUAUUGGUGACUUCCUGUCGGAACUCGUCGAGACCACGUUGGCGGAUUUGGAGGCGAGCAAGUGCAUCGCCAUCGAGGACGAGAUGGAUGUUUCGCCGCUGAAUCUGGGUAUGAUCGCGAGCUACUACAACGUGAGCUACGUGACGGUGGAUGUAUUCAACAUGUCGUUGAAGGACAGGGUCAAGAUGAGGGGUGUUUUGGAGAUCGUUUCCUCGGCGGCGGAGUUCGAAGAUCUUCCGAUUCGACAGCAUGAGGAUGUGUUGUUGAAGAAGAUCUACGAUAGGUGUCCGGUCAAGUUGGAGGGGCUGGAUCUGUUGAGUCCGUACCACAAGGUGUUUGUGCUGCUGCAGGCGCAUUUUGGACGGUUGAGUUUGCCGGUGGAUUUGGAGAUGGAUCAGCGGGUGGUGGUGGGUAAGGUGAUGGGGUUGUUGAGUGCGUGCGUGGAUGUUAUGAGUAGUGGAGCGAGGUUGAAUGCGAUCGUGGCGAUGGAGUUGAGUCAGAUGGUGGUGCAGGGGUGUUGGGACAAGGAGUCGGUGUUGAAGCAAGUGCCAGGGUUUGGAGAGGAGGUGGUGGAGAGGUGUAGGAGGAAAGGCGUGGAAGAUGUGUAUCAGUUGUCGGAUUUAUUGGCUGAGAUGGAGGAGGAGGAGAGGGAUGAACUGUUGAAGAUGGAUAAGAAGGCGUUGGGGAAGGUGGCGAGCUUCGUCAACAACUUCCCGUAUAUCGAGCUCAACUACACCAUCACUACGCCGGAAGAGGAAAGGAUCGCCAGCGAACCGAUCUCGAUCGAGAUCACGUUGGAAAACGAUUCGGAGGAUGAAGAAAGUCUUAUCGCCCAGACGGACUUUUACCCGCACAAGAAGUUGGUGCAGUGGUGGGUGGUGAUCGGAGAUCCUGGAACGAGGAAUUUGUUGGCGAUCAAAAAGGUGACGAUCAGGCAGAAGCUCGAAUUGCAGCUGGAGGUGAACCUGCCAAAGGGCACGUACGACGGGUUGAAGAUUUGGUGCGUUUGCGACUCGUACAUCGGCGCUGAUAGAGAGGUUCUCAUCGAAAAGGUGAUGGUGCAGGAGGGCGUAGAGGAGAGCGAUGAUGACGACGAGGAAGAUGAGGACCAGAGCGAGGAUAAUGCCUGA